ACACACACAAUACCAACAAAACCAACAGUCACACGAGUCUAUGAGUAUCACUGAUUGAAAGCUGGAUGAUGAUGAUGAUGAUGAUGAUGAUGAUGGCGGCCAAUGACUUGGAUGAACAGCACGACGAGAUCCAAGUCUUGGAAAGCAUUCUCAACUUGGACGAUGAGCAUCCAUUGGUGCUGGACCCUCCAACCAAGCCGGGAAGUGCAGGAUCAGGCCAUACCCGAGCUACGGACGAGCCUAUAGACAAGGCUGUGACACGGGCCGGGCAAGCUAGGCCCAAAGGCCGAUCAGGAUGUCUGAAAAUCCCCGUGGAUCUGCCGGACACCAGCCCAAAUGGACUCAACGUCAAAGCCAAGAAAAUCACUGUCAACACCGAAUUUGAGUACGAGGUCAGCGAUCAGGAGUGGAACGUCGACUUUCAGGUCGACUAUUUGCCCCCCCUUGAGUUGAAGUUUCGUUUGCCCCCCACGUAUCCAUCUCAAGCCUCGCCGGAGUUUGAUUUGGUGGCUCCAUGGCUUUCGACAUCGCAGAUCAAUGCUCUACGGGAGAGAUUGAACGAAAUAUGGACUGAGAACGAGCAUUGUGUGAUUCUGUAUAUCUGGUACAGCACCUUAAAGCUCGAAACCUUCAAUAUUCUCAAGAUCCACAACAAUAUCCUCGAUAUAACGACCAAAUUGGCAGAGGACUGUGAGAACCAGCGGCGUGAUAUGAUCAUAGCCCAAUCGUUAGCCCAAAUCCAUGUAGGCAAUGCUCAGCCCAACCAUUUAGCUGGACCUUCUGGCACGAAUCUAUCCGCUGAUGCCACUCCAUUUGUCACUGGUUUGAGCUUAUCGAUAGGAGUCCCUGACAACCAAGUUGACACUUUGCGCGGUAAGCUUACCACGUGGAAUGGGAAGAAAAGAUUUGGUUUUAUCCAGGAAGAUCGAUCCAAGAAAGAAUAUUUUGCCCAUCUCAAUGAAUUUGUGGGCCACCAUGUUCCUCAAAAAGGAGAUGAUUUCGAAUUCCGCGUCCGGGUAACAGCACACAAGGGCCUCAAAAGCAAACCGGAAGCUACUGACAUUAGAAUCCUUGUUCCCCACAAUCCGCCCAUUACCAUAACCCGAGAUCCUGUGAUAAAUCCUUCCACUAAAGAUGUAACAUCUCAACCGGAGGAUGCAAGCAAACCCCCCGUUGUGAUUGGUUGCAAUACCGUUCACAAACCCAACAUCAUGCUGACUUUUGACUCGAGCAUCGUAUCCUUGUUGAAGUCCUUUAAUGAAGCUGAAAAGGACCGGCAAUUUUCCAAGACCACGUUCGAGUGCUUGGUUUGCUUCUCCGAAAAGUUCGGCACUCAGUGCCUUCAAUUCGUUCAGUGUAAGCAUGUGUAUUGUAAGGCGUGUAUGGCCCAACAUUUUACGGUGAGGAUUCAAGAAGGAUGCUAUUCGAGUAUAUCAUGCCCCACUGAAGGCUGUGAAUCCACGGCCUUGCCCAAUCAGAUCAAGGAGCUUCUACCCGAGGAUGUCUUCGAGCGCUACGAGUCCAAGCUUUUAGAAACCACGCUGGAAACCAUGAGCGACAUACUGCCCUGUCCCUUGCUUCAUUGUCAAUGUCCAACCUUAAUUGAUCGCGAGAAUAACAUGGGUCGAUGUCCACGUUGUAGCCAUACCUUCUGCAUCUAUUGCAAGGCUGCCUUCCACGGUGUGGAACCGUGCAAGAUGAAGUCCCAAGAAAAUAUGAAGAUCAUCAAAAUGUACCGGGAAGCCAAUCCGGCAGGCAAAGUCAUCCUGGAGAAACGCUAUGGAAAGCGACAACUAACGGUGAUGGUAGAUGAAUUUCAAUCCCUAACCUAUUUGGAGGAUAACACAAAGCGUUGCCCUAAAUGUGGAACCCCCAUUCAGAAGAGUGAAGGAUGUAACAAGAUGACUUGUAACAAGUGCAACACUCACUUCUGUUAUAUCUGUGGAGACAAAAUUAGCCACAUCAAUCCGUACACUCACUUCAAUGUUGCUGGGUCUGAUUGUGCUGGCCGACUUUUCGAAGGGAUCACAGAGGAGGAGAUGGUUCGCUUCGAAGAUUUGCAGUUUGACGAUGAUAUUGAAGAAGACGAAGGUGAUAGUGAGGAUGAAUUCAACGACUACAUCUUGUUCGCACUUUGACUCGAGCAAUUGUGUUUGGAGUCUGAUGUGCGAAAUCGUAAAAGAUGACAAAUUUCUGUAAAGUGCAAAGCUCAAGCUAUCAUAUGUUCGAAAUAAAAAUAAGUGUUAUGAAA